GUUGAAAAGAGAAUGUGGGAACUGGACAAUAUUUUAGAGGAACAAGUCGAGCCAUUCAUUAUUGACGUUGGUGCUUCAGGCAGUAGCGAUGAUGAAAGCUCAUCAAGCUCAUCUUUCCAAAAAAAGAUGUCGUUCAUCAAAUUCGCGUUUCUGGUUGAUCUUGAGCGACACAAAAAUGACAGAAUUUAUAUUGAAUGUAAUUUAAUUCUGUCAUUUUCAUUUCACUCGAGGUCAACCGGAACCAGAUCCGAUGGGGAAAGGAUAUUCCUAAAAUGGCAAGCGACGGGUGGCAGGCGGUAGAACGAAUGUUUGGAACUUUGUUCAUACAUCAAAACCUGUAUAAAUAACAUUUAAUUUAAAAACUAAAGAGUAAAGUGAAUAAAACAAUGGUU